AUGAUCAUGAUGACGGAAGGAAAAUAUCAAAAUAUCCCCCCAGAGGAUAACAACAACAGUACCCUGGAUGAUGAGGUCGAAGACCUGAUUUAUUACGUAAGGACGGACGACGUUUUAGAAGUUAAAAAAAUCCUUGAACAUGGAAGAAUAAGCUCAAUUAACAAUGUGAAGGACGAAAAUGAAAACACACUCCUACAUUUUGCCUGCGCAAAUAAUAAUGUGGACAUGAUUCGCUUUCUGCUAUACGAAUGCGCAAUUGGACAUAACCAACUAAAUGCCAGUAGAAAUAGCCCCCUAAUGUGGGCCAUACAGAAUAAGCAUUAUGAAGCUGUGAAAGAAGUGCUACUGUUCGACUACAUUUUAUAUAGCAAAGAAUAUACCAGAGUGGAAGGAAAGAACAACGAACUGUAUGAACAUAUGAAGAAAGAUUUUUUUGAAAUUUCUCGCGUCAAGGACGAAUACCAGCUGAGUGCUCAUGUCAAAAAUAAAAUAAACUCCAUGAAUUUUUUCGGGAGUAUUUUCUCUGAUCAUCAUGAUGCCAGCUUAUGCAAUGGCGACAGGAGGGAAGGUAUCGGGGGUGCUAUUUUAAGCGGCCAGGGAGAAACAUGGGCGAAGCGAAUACACCUAUACAAGGAAUCCAACAAAAUCGACCUACUGAAGAAAAACGAAUUCAACAAGAGCAUUCUGUCGGAGGCUUUCAACGCCCAGGACGAAAAUAUUUUGCACCUCGUUCUGAGCCACCCCAUGUCGAGUGUUCUGGACGAGCAGGAUGGGUGCACGGUGAGUGGCGUAAGCGGCGUAGCUAACCGUGAAGACAGCGCAGCUAAUGGCCACAAUGGCACAGCCUUCACGACAAACCUGGGAGAAGCCAAAAUAAUUCAAGAGUGCACGCAUCAGAUGCUCAUCAACGAGAGGGCAAAAAUAAAGAACGGGGAGAGCGAAGAAGAGGCCGUUAUACGAAUAAGAGAAAUUGGGCUAAAUUAUUUUGGAAAUACAUUUGAAGAUAGCAAAACAACAGAGGAGGAGGUUCAUUCGCAUAAGGACAUUACCGGGAUUAACAUUUGGGAGUGCUGCCUCAUGAUAAGUAAAUGGAUCUCCGACUUGUGUCUCCAGGAUAGCACUCUUUUUAGCAACAAAGCGGUCCUAGAACUCGGGGCAGGGAGUGGACUAGCCAGCAUUUCACUAUUCACCCACGCGAACAUUUUUCGCAACGGAACUGAUCAAGGGCCGGACAAAGUAGUUAUUACCGAUAUCAACCCAUUCACCUUAAGUAACAUUUCGCAUAAUGUCCUAUUAAACGAAGAACUUUUUGGCAAACUGGAUGCAGCAUGGAGAAGUAAAGUAAAAAUAUGCAGCAUUGAUUGGACAGAUGAAAAUACCUACCCACGUGAGAAUGAACAAAUUGUCACAUAUGAUUACAUUAUUGGGAGUGAUUUAGUAUACGAUAAAAAAAUUGUGCCAUCACUUGUGCAUAUAAUUAACUUAACUUUGAAAACAAAUGGCAUUUUUCUCUAUGUGUGUAGAAAGAAUAGAGAUGGGUCACAGGAAUUCAUUAGUCAAUUAAAAGACGCAAAUUACGACAUACAAUUAUUCACCCCCCCAAGUCAUUACUUUGUAAGCCCCUUUCUCAACUUAAGUCAGGACCUAUAUGAGGCAAAGUUUUCCGAGUUUACCGACGCCUCCAACUUUGUCAUGAUGCGCUGCCAAAAGUACUAA